AUCUCCCACCUCUCGUUAUCCGAUCCAUCAUCCAAUGACAUCGACGCAUACAUGGCCUCCCAGGGCGAGGAUCAUAUCGAGCAGACCGUCAUUUUCGAUCACACUCCCUCUCCUGCUGCCGAGCACGUGCUGCCUUCAGAUCCCCAUCGUUCUCCCGCCGAAAGGGGGGCUUUCAUAGACACAGCUCGCAAGCGUCCUCUCCGUGAGGGUGAUACCUGGUAUGUUGUCUCCCAGAGCUGGUUCAAGCGGUGGCGAAGAGCCCUGUCAGGCAUGGACUCGAAAGAAGGUGGCGUCCUGCUCGAAAAGGACGUCGGCCCGGUGGACAAUGCCACCAUUAUCACCAACCAGGGUAGCCUGAUGCUCACGGUUGAAGAGGGAAUCGACUAUCAACUUGUACCGGAGGAUGCUUGGGCUCUCUUGGUACGAUGGUACGGUCAACCAUCUCAUCCACUCCCUCGCAAAGCUAUUGCGCGUGGCAUACAUCACCAGCUGGCCUUGGAAUUGCACCCGCCUCGUCUCAGAGUUUUCCGUGUCACAGACGAUCCGCAGUGCUCGACACCACUUGCCACCCGCGAUAAAACCUUUAUUUACGCGUCCAGCGCAAUGCAAAUCAAAUACCUUCUUAAAAACCUCGCAGACGCCGUUGAACCUAACUCGACGGAGGAAUAUCGCGUGUGGAAAGUCGAUCCUGAGGACAAGGAGGGGUCUGAGUUCCCGUCGGGCGCGAUCAUCCAAAACCUCCGCGACGAAGCCGAAGUCCGCUUCGAAAUUCUCAAAUCAAGCGACCGCCUGCUCGAGGACGAGCUCAUUCAGAACGAAGAAGCGUUUGCGGUCGAAUUUGUGAAAAACGGCAAAUGGCUGAUCAGCCCGCCUACUAACAGACCAUCUGCCGCAGAAAAUGCAGUUCUCAGCCACGUUCCCCCGCCUCUUUUUAGCCAGGAAACUAGCUUUUUCAAUCGCAUGGGCCAGUCUUCUACUUCAGAAACAGCUUCUACUUCAUCUUUCGCGUCCACGAUGCUGAGUGGUGUCUCAACCGCUCAGGGGAUGUCUGUGCCCUCGACAUUGGCGAAACCCGUGUCGACGCCCGGCACAUUGGGCCUCGGGAACAUGGGGAAUACUUGCUUCAUGAAUUCCGCUUUACAAUGUCUGGCUCAUACAAAGGAGCUAAUGGACUACUUCCUGACGGGUGUUUAUAAGGAUGAACUCAACCCAGACAACCCCCUGGGUAUGAAUGGCGAGAUUGCUGAGUCGUUCGGUGCACUUCUAGAGCGCAUUUGGUCGACCUCUUCAGUCGCCAAUUCGUAUUCUCCGCGCGAGUUCAAGUCUGUAUUGCAGCGAUUCGCGCCCCAGUUUUCUGGGUACCAACAACACGACUCUCAGGAGCUAGUUGCUUUCUUACUCGAUGGCCUGCACGAGGACCUGAACCGCGUUAUAAAGAAGCCCUAUGUUGAGAAGCCUGACUGGGAAGGCGGAGGAGAUGUCGACCUUGUGAAACUCGCUCGACAAAGUUGGGAGGGCUACAUGAAGAGGAACGACAGUGUUAUUGUAGAUUUAUUCCAAGGUCAAUAUAAGAGUACACUGAUCUGUCCAGAGUGCGAGAAGGUUUCGAUCACCUUUGACCCGUUCAUGUAUCUCACGCUUCCGCUGCCAGUGCAGAAGAAGUGGAGACACGCUAUCCAUUACAUCCCUUGGGACAUUGAAAAACCCCAUGUCAAGGUUCCUGUUGAGAUAAACCGCGAUGCGUCUUUCAAAGAUCUACGUCAUCUUUUGGGCCGUUGGAUGGGAUCCAACCCUGACAACCUGCUAACCCUCGAAACAUUUUCCCAUCGAUUCUACAAGAACCUCGACGACUCGCUGCUGUGCGGGGAGAUGGCGGAGGGCGAUAUCAUCGUUUGCUACGAGUUGCCUUGCCAUGCACAACAGUCACGCACGUACGGUGCAAAGAAGACAGAUAAUGACCCAUUCAUCAUCCCUAUCUUCCUCUCCGACGGAUCCGCCGCGCGACAACUGACCUAUAAUCGCAACAAUAACAGCCUCUUUGGACAUCCGUUUGUCGUGGCAGUAAGCCAGGAAGACGCACGCAGUGUCGGGCGGAUGCACGAGAUUGUGAACGAGCAGCUGCAGCGCUGGACGAAGCUUGCACGAGACUUGUGGUCAUGGGAAGCUCCCACCAGCGACAUGGAGGAGGUCCCGAUCCCACACGUCGCGGACUCCAUCACAGAAAUCGGCGAGAAUGGCGAGGUUGUGACGCUCGAGUCUGCACCAGAUGAAGGCGACAUCUCGGACGAGAAGGGCCUUGUGCUGCAAGAUGACGACGAGAUGAUGGAAGACGGCGAAGAGCGCGAGGAGCCACAUCGGGUCGGUCCGAAGCAGAAUGUCUUCAACCUAAACUUGCAGGUGAACUACAAAGACUUCGGCGCCGGAUACUCUGGAUACGGUGCCAACAGCCAAAGGUUUGAAUCUUGGGACAGCCGUCGGCAAAACGGGGAAGGCGAGCACCCGAUCCUGCUUCGACAGGAUGACGCUUUCUUCGUCGAAUUUGACGAGAACAUGAAAGCGUACUUUUUCGGCGAGACAUCGCGCUUUGAAAAUGCGUUGUUCAAUACUUGGGAAACAUACACGCAUCCCGAGUAUCUUGAAGCGAUGAAGCAGUCUUCAAGCAAGUCCGAACAGGGCAUUUCAUUGCAGGAUUGUCUGGAUGAGUUUACAAAGGAGGAGGAGCUUGGCGAAGAAGACCCAUGGUAUUGCCCCCGUUGCAAGAAGCAUCAGCAGGCGACAAAGAAGUUCGAUCUUUGGAACAUACCGGACGUACUCGUCGUCCAUCUCAAACGGUUCUCUAACUCACGCACUCUGCGAGAUAAGAUAGAGACCUUCGUCGAUUUUCCAUUGGAGGGUCUUGAUCUCUCCGAAAUGGCACAAGAGCGUAAGGUUGUCAAGGCACUGCGGGAUCAGGGAGUUGACAUCAGUGAGCUUGGGCUGGAAGAUCUAGAUGAGCCGCUCGUGUACGAUCUGUAUGGAGUGGACGAACAUCUCGGAGGCCUCGGUGGUGGGCACUAUCGGGCGUACACGUACAACCACGUCACGAAUGAAUGGUAUCACUUUGACGAUUCGUAUGUGACUCAGACACGACCAGAGGCUGCAGUGAAUCCCAAUGCAUACCUUCUAUUCUACAAGCGACGCACGUCUCAGCCCCUCGGUGGUAAGACACACGCCAAGAUCCAGGCUGCACGCGUACAGACAGAGGCCGACGAUAGCCCCGAUGAAGAUGAAGGGCCGUUGAUUAUCCGUUUUGACAGCCAGUUGCCAACGCCGCCGAGCGAGUCCGAUGCCACUCAGCAUUAUGAGAAACACCAGACCCCAAUUGACUCUACUGACUUGAUCACCGAAUGGACUGCCUUGCCUUCUGGUGCAUCUUCCGUGUCAACGACGCCUCCGCCGCUCGAUGAAUUUCCUCCUUCGUUCGAAAGGUCACGGUUCGACCUUAUCCUCAUGGAUGGUACCGAAGACCCCCUUGACGCCGCAUCUCAUCGCUUCGACUUACCAGACCCCUCGUCUAAGGCCUCGCCUACCUCGUCCAACGAAGCGGAGCUGGACUCGGACGACGACGACUUAGAGCCGACAUAUGACCCAUUGUACGAUACGCUGAACUUGGGUAUCGAUGGCUACGAUGAACAGAUGGAUCAUCUAGAUUUGCCGAUGAUAAACACUAUAGGGAGCGCGGAGCUGGAGGUCUACGGGACGGAGAAGGAUGUCGCACGAGAUACGUGGGUUCGCGCACCUCCUUCGACAACCGAGUCGCCAGAAUCACUAGAAGUGAUCAAGAGGAGUUCCGUCAUGACAGAUUUGCUCGGCAGCUACCGCACACUUCACAGCCGAGAAACUUGAUGUUUGUUUUAGUGGACCGUCUAUCGAGUUGAGCAUUUUUCAUAUAAUUACGAGUCGGACUGCAUUCCUACUAGAACGAGUAGUAGAGUACAUACCCAUCGUCUGAGGUUUUGAUAUGGCCUUUCAGGCUUUGCGGACUUCC